AUGGCAUCUGAAAACCCCUCGCGAUGGUGGCUGUACGUCCAGGCCGUCUUCUGGCGCUUUCUGAUGCGCAUAGGAAUGUUCAUUCAUGACCUACCCGCUCCCCGUCCUCCGCGUCCUUCUUUCGUCCGCUCAAUUCCCUCCGGUGACUCCCAGAUUGGACUCCAUUUCUACUGUCCGCCGGGUUACGACCAAAGUCGGGGAGAAGGUCGCCGAUUGCCCGUUGUGGUAAACUUUCACGGGGGUGGUUUCACAUUGGGGACUGCGACCGAUGACUCGCGCUGGGCCCAAUGCGUUCUCGGGGAAGUCGGAGCAGUGGUAGUCAGUGUCGGGUACCGUCGAGCACCCGAGUACCCGUUUCCCGCCGCCGUGGACGACGGCGUCGAAGCCCUUCAGUAUCUGGCGGCGCAUGCCGCGGAAUUGGGUCUGGAUGUGACCCGUGUCGCUCUGAGUGGGUUCUCGGCUGGAGGCAAUCUGGCGGUCACGGUGCCCUUGCGACUGCGCAGCCUGCCCACCCCCGAGCGGCCGGUGCCCUCGCUCAACCGGGCGGAUUCGUCGCAGCACCUGGUGGACACAUCCGGCGAUAUGAACAUCGUCGCGCUGUUCUGCUGGUACCCGAUCCUCGACUUUGAGGAGUCCCGCGCCUUCCGUCGCGCCGAGAGCAUCAUGCCCGAUCAGACCUUGCCGAAGAUACUCACGGACCUGUUUGACAAUUCCUACCUGCCGGAUCAUGAAGAGCGCCGGUCCCCAUAUGCAUCGCCGGUACGGGCGACCGAUGAGAUCCUCAAUGAUGCCCUUCCCCACGACAUCUUUCUGUAUAUCUGCGAAUGGGACAUGUUGCUCAAGGAGAGCCAACAUUUCAUGCGGCGGCUGCAGGACGCGGGGAAGCACGUGCGGGCCAUGAUGAUCGAGAAAGCCCGACAUGCAUGGGACAAGUCGCCGAACCCGUUCCGCGAUCAAGCCAAGGUGAACAUCCUAUAUUCCGACGCCUGCGCGGACAUGAAGGCCAUCUUUGACAGAUAG